AUGGUGAAGGAGUGGAAGCUCGACUUUCAACGAGCCAUGGUCUAUAGUGCAAGCCGAGGAAGCGAAAGUGAAGUGCCGCACGAGGAAACUGCUGUCAAUUGCCGUCCCACCGUAGACAGUCCUCAAUCGGGGUCGUCGCAAAAGUUGUUCGAGAAGUCUCUUUACGACCUCAUCAGAGGCCUGCGAAACCACAAGGGCAACGAGCGCGAGUAUAUCCAGAACAGCUUGAAAGAAUGCCGCUCCGAGGUGCGCGGGCAGGACAUGGACGUCAAGGCGACGGCGCUGCUGAAGCUGGUCUACCUCGAGAUGGUUGGCCAUGACAUGUCCUGGGCUUCGUUCCAUGUCCUCGAAGUCAUGUCGUCGCAAAAGUACCACCAGAAGAGGGUUGGAUACCUGGCUGCUGUGCAGAGUUUCCGGUCAGACACAGAAGUGUUGAUGAUGGCCACGAAUCUCUUGAAGAAGGACUUGACCUCGACGCAAGCGACGACAAUAUCCCUCCCGAUAUCUACACUACCACAUAUCAUCAACCCGUCCCUAGCCCUCUCGACCCUCCCCGACCUGCUUCCCCGUUUGAGCCACUCGAACCCCGCCAUCCGCAAGAAGACGAUCGUGACGCUGUACCGUCUGGCGCUAGUGUACCCCGAAACGCUGCGCGCGGCCUGGCCCAAGAUCAAGGAGCGUCUUAUGGACAAGGACGAGGACCCGAGUGUGACUGCAGCUAUUGUGAAUGUCGUCUGUGAGCUGGGAUGGAGACGGCCUCAUGACUUUCUUCCUCUGGCGCCCAGGCUGUUCGAGCUGUUGGUUGAUGGUGGUAAUAACUGGAUGGCCAUCAAGCUGAUCAAGCUGUUCGCGACUUUGACGCCACUAGAGCCGAGACUCGUGCGGAAACUGCUGCCGCCUCUCACUGAGCUAAUUCGGACGACACCCGCCAUGUCACUACUAUAUGAGUGCAUCAACGGUAUUAUUCAGGGUGGCAUCCUGGGUAGUGAGGAUGACAUCUCAGGCCAGGAGGAGAUUGCGACUCUUUGCGUGAACAAGCUCAGGGGCAUGAUCAUGGUGGAUGGCGACCCGAAUCUCAAAUACGUUGCGUUGCUCGCGUUCAACAAGAUCGUUUUGACACAUCCUUUUCUGGUCGCGCAACAGGAAGAUGUCAUCUUGGAGUGCAUCGACAGCCCCGAUAUCACUAUUCGCAUCAAGGCUUUGGACCUCGUUCAGGGUAUGGUUAGCAGCGACAACUUGGUAUCGAUCGUAAGCCGUCUUAUGAAGCAGCUCAAAUCUUCUGCUCCUAAAAGAGAUCGGCCGGGGGCCCCCCUUGGUCCUGAUACCGGGACGGAUUCUGACGACGAAGCGCAAGUCGAAAUCCACACUCCAAACAAAGAGGAGGAGGAGCCUCCACUACCUGAUGACUACAGGAGCGAUGUGAUCGGAAGGAUUCUGACCAUGUGUUCACAAAACAACUAUAGCAGCCUGGUGGACUUUGACUGGUACAUUGAUGUUCUCAUUCAGCUUGUCCGCAUGGCGCCGACGCCACGGUCAGUCGAGACGGAGCUCGACUCAGUAGCAGCCUCCGGCAAGUCGACAGCCGGAGAUGUAUCCGGCAUGAUUGGAGACGAGUUGAGGAAUGUUGCUGUGAAGGUGCAAGCCCUGCGAGGGGCUUCAGUCAGGGCCGCUGAUCUGAUUAUUCAACAACUCAACUCGGAUACCCCCGCUGGGCACUCCCUCUCUUCGGCAUCACUCAAGUCAACUACGUGGUUGGUUGGAGAAUAUGCCAAUCAGCUCGCUUUCCCUGAAGACACUUUGGGAAACAUACUGCGGAUUAUCCCCCGAACACAUAUCCCAGACAUUCUUACGACGAGCCUGCAGGCCGUGACCAAGAUCUUUGCGUACGUCGCCGGCAACGAUGGGCAGCCUUGGACACCGGAGUGGAAAACCAAAAUUACCCUGCUUAUGGCGCGGGUAAUUCACACGUUAGAGCCGCUCGCCCUCCACCCAAACCUAGAGGUUCAGGAGAGGUCGGUGGAGUUCAUCGAGCUUCUGAAGCUCACUGCCGAGGCUGCGUCAGGGCAAGCGCCAUCAUCUGAGGACACUCACCAAGAUGCUCCCCUUCUCCUCACACAAGCCAUCCCAUCUUUGUUCCAGGGAUGGGAACUUAACUCUGUUGCUGUUGGCGCCCAGAAGAACGUGCCAAUACCCGACGGUCUCGACUUGGACGAGCCCAUCCACCCCAACCUGAGUUAUCUUCUUUCGCAAGCGGACAUCAUACCUAUGGAGGCGAGCGAAGCGGACGACUUCGAGGUUUACUACCACCAGCGUCCUGCUCCAACCAGCAUAUCUUCCGCAGAGCCCGCUAUCAACAAGAUUGCAGACGUACCAGAAGAAGUCGUCAGCUCGUAUCAACAAGCGACUGAGGACAGCUAUCUGGACGCAGACAUCGUUGCAAGGCGGAAGGCCGAGCGAGCAGAACGCAAUCGUGACGAUCCAUUCUACAUUGGCGGAGCAGACAGCAACCCCAGAUCGUCAACACCCAUUCACAGCAUCUUACAAAAGGAGAAUGGCCCGGAUCUUGACAUAGACUCCAUACCGAUAAUGCAGUUGGACCUCGACAAGCUAGGCUCAUCUGCUCCAGGUCCAACAUCACCCAUCAGUCGACCGCAGCCGCGACCGAGGCAGCGCGUUGUCAUCGCCGCGGACGAGACGCUGGUAGGGAGCGGCGUCUCCACUCCGCGCAACUACGAGUCCGAGAACAACUCCGACAGCUUCACCAAGUCGCGCGCCAAAAAGCUACGACAGGGUCUGUUGCAAGUCGACUCGUCGACCCUGGGUAGCCUCAGCCUCGAAGAGAGUGGCGGCUCGGGUGGCAUGGGUUCCUCCAAUGCGCCGUUCGAUUACGAACAACAGCAGCGCGAGGAGGCGGAGAUGGCGCAGGCGAUGAAGGAGGUCGAGAGGCUGCGUCUCGAGAUGCAGCGCGCCAACGAGCGGAUCCAGGUCGCGCAGGGGGUCGAUGCCGCCGGCGUGGUUGUCAAGAAGAAGACGAAGAAGGCCAAGAAGGAUGGCGACGGCACGACGGUGGUGAAGAAGAAGAAGAAGAAGGCUCCGGCCGUCGUGCUCACUGACGACGCCGAGAACGGGGCCGGCGAGGAGCCCGCUCCCAUCCUUGCUGCCCCGACAUUGGCGGCUCUCGAAGGCGGAGACGACGCUGGGCCGGCGGUCGUGGUGCCCAAGAAGAAGAAGAAAAAGAAGACGACCAAGAUGGCUGAGAUUGCGGGGGACACGCCUAGCCCGAGUUGA